AUGGUGAGCCGCUCACUUAAAGAAAUACCAGUGGCUUUCCAAACAUUACAUCUAGUUGCCUCUAAUCCUAGCCACGAGUCCAGAAGGAAAACCAGGCGAAUAGAAAAGAAGAACGAUGCGUUCACUACUGAAGAUCACCGUUCUGCUGUUUUGCGUUCAAGCGGGAGAAGGACACUGGCUAAGAACGCUCCUGGUUCUGUCAACCACGAGUAUUUAUGUUUCGCUCUUUCUUUUUCAGACACGGACCUCCGUGACGAAGAGAGAAGAGGAGGUGAUGGUGAGGAAAAGGAGGGUUCGGGGAGGGCGAUUCGGUCGCCCCGCAGCACUGAGUCCCCGUGUGCUCUGCACUCCAUCCUGCUGCAGGUGCGGGACCUCGGGCUGGGAUACGACUCGGAUGAGACGGUGCUGUUUAAAUACUGCAGCGGGACCUGCCCUCGCCUCGCCUCCAACCACGACCUCACGCUCACCAACCUCCUGCAGAGCGGCACCCUUCAAUACACCGGCCACUGGCACCAUCAGCCCUGCUGCCGCCCCACACACCACGAGGACAUAGCCUUCCUCGACAACCUCCAUCGCUGGCACAAAGUGGAGAAACUCUCCGCCGCUGCAUGUGUGUGUAUGGGGUAGAGACUGCCCAAAUCUGGCUUCUGUCUGCUUAUCCUAUUGGUUUAGAGACUGUACAAAUAGCGCCUUGAAUUUAAAUAAAAGGCUGUUUAAGGUACGUUAAUUCAGGAAGAAAUGACAUGUAUGUGCUGAAAUGUAUUAAGUUGUAUAGGUUGCUUUCUCUGAUGACAUGGCUUAUUCGGCUAUAAUUGCGUCUAAACGUUUCGUUUUGGUUAAUGGCAACACAAUGGCGUGUUUGAAUGGUCAAGACUGAUUCCAUCCGAACCAAAAAUGUAAGAUAUUUAUGUGCUUAUAAAUUAUUUAUU